AUGGGUUGUUCGCCAUCAUUUCCAAGCCAGCACCAUCGCCGCCGAUCCCGCCAGGUCAGGAACUCCAGCAAGCCACCGCUCGCCCCAUGCGAGCAAGGCAGGUUGAGGACAAGGCCAAGGCGGCUUGGGCCAGCAAUCUUCGACUUGCAACAGGUCCUGGCAGGGAAGCUUGCUCUCAAGGUCUCUGUUGGAAAGGAACUGGACGAUGUUGAGCUCACACAUCCAGACAAAGACACCCUUGAGAAUGCACAGGCCUCACUUCAGGAUAUGCUGUCACAAGCAGCGCAGGAGAGUAACGGCACCAUCCCAGCCAAGCUCAAUGAGCAUCAGGAAAGAAUCACAUCGGCCAUGGAGGGUGCAGGAAAGAAGAGGCAAGGGAAUGACGGAAGUUUUGUUGAUCAGCCGUCUCAUCCUGCCGCUUCGCCAUUAAGCCAGCCAGCGCCAGUCCCGGCACCGCCGCCAGCAGCAGGAGGUGGAGCAUGCGGCACGGCAGGCGGCCCAUAUACAGUACCGCAAGGGUUUGACGCGGCAGUUGCGGUGGAUGAAGCUACGGUGAGACUGCCGGCGUAG